GUGUGGCGCCGGGUGGGUGGGUGGGUGGGCGCGGCCGCGGCAGUCGCAGCGGGGCCAUCUUCGGCGGCCGCUGGUUCGGCCUGCGCCCCGCGCCCCGCGCCCGGCCCGAUGGCGCCGCGCCCCCUGAGCCCCUUGGUGCUGGCGCUGGGCGGCGCCGCGGCCGUGCUGGGCUCGGUGCUCUUCGUUCUCUGGAAGAGCUACUUCGGCCGCGGACGGGAGCGGCGCUGGGACCGCGGCGAGGGCUGGUGGGGCGCGGAGCCCGCCCGCCUCCCCGAGUGGGACGAGUGGGACCCCGAAGACGAGGAGGACGACGAGCCGGCGCUGGAGGAGCUGGAGCAGCGCGAGGUGCUGGUGCUGGGGCUGGAUGGCUCCGGCAAGAGCACGUUCCUGCGCGUGCUGUCCGGGAAGUCGCCGCUGGAAGGCCACAUCCCCACCUGGGGCUUCAACUCCGUGCGGCUGCCCACCAGGGACUUCGAGGUGGACCUGCUAGAGAUUGGUGGCAGCCAGAACCUGCGCUUCUACUGGAAGGAGUUUGUGAACGAGGUGGACGUGCUGGUGUUCAUGGUGGACUCGGCUGACCGGCUGCGGCUGCCCUGGGCCCGGCAGGAGCUGCACAGGCUGCUGGACAAGGACCCUGACCUGCCUGUCGUGGUGGUGGCCAACAAGCAGGACCUGAGCGAGGCCAUGAGCAUGGUGGAGCUGCAGCAGGAGCUGGGUCUGCAGGUUGUCGACAGCCAGCGGGAGGUCUUCCUCUUGGGGGCCAGCAUCGCCCCUGUGGGACCCGGAUCUGAAGACCCUGGCACCGUGCACAUCUGGAAACUACUCUUGCAGCUUCUCUCCUAGGCUGGCACCACCUGCUCACCCACCAGCCCUGGGAGCCCAGCUCUGCUGCUCCUGCUCUUCAUCACUGCCUGGGCCUGGGCCUGGGGCAGGAGCUGCGUGGCAGCACGUCCCUUCUCUCCUUGCCCUCAUCAGAGCCAAGAACCAUGCAGAAUCCUUCCUGGUGAGGUGGUGAGGUGGCCGUGGGGCUGAAGUGGGGUGGGCAGAGGGUGGGCUCAAUGCUCCCCUCCCUGCAGGUACUGGUGGUUGAGGAAAGUAGUGUCAGGCUGUUCCCUCCUGGCAGUUUCAUGCCCCUCACAGACACAGUGAGCCCUGGCUCUCCGUUCCACAUGGUCCUCCAGCCCCAGCUCUGCCCAUCUGGCUUGUGGCUUUGACCAGUCUCCUCCCCUCUGGCCCUGGGGCCAUCAUUUUAAUAGGAAGGUGAUUUCUGUGGGAUUUUUUUUUCAAACUGAGAGAUGCAUUUCCCAGCAUCGGAGAUAAGUGUGAGGACAAACCUGGAGAUCCUAGCAAGGGUCUGCAACCUCCCCACUUGCCCAAGCUGAGGCCCGGCCCCAGCCUCUCAUGACCGCAGAGUAAGUGGUGUUCACCCCCCAUCAGAAACACUGCAUUUCCCACCACGUCUGCAGACAGAAGCUGCUGCUGUGUGUGAAUGAUGCGGGCACCAGGUUUCCGUAGUGGGGAGACCAGAGUCCCAUCCUGAGAAGACUGAGGACUGCCCACCAGAGCUGGGCCUUCAUCUAGAACUGCAUUGUGAUGAUUGAUUUAUAAAAGGAACAGGCCAAAGAUUUAGCCUCUGUUUCUAGGUGCUGCUAUCAAAACCCUGGAUGACUGUCAUGGAACAUCUGGAUCUUUGAGGAAAAUGGCUGGAAUCAUUAAUGACAGUGAUAAGUUAUGCAGGUCAAGGAGCCAAGCUGUAGCUCCCCCGCCCUUUGGUAAAAUGAUACCAGGAGAGUUCGCACUGAUCCACAUGAACUGUACCUCCAUCAGUAUGUCAGAUCCCUUCUGUGUAGAUAGCAGAGGACUCUUUUAAAGGAAAUUUCAAUCGUGUAAAUCCAGGUAAAGAGAUGGGGUGUAGCGACCAGCCAGUGGGGUAGCCUGGGGCAUGUCGCUCAGCCUCCCAGACCCGUGGGUGCCCAGCCACAGCAGAGCUGGACGGAAUUUCUGGUGUUCUCGCCCGUGCGCAUUUCAUGAUUCUCUUUCCAGUGACCAGCCAGUUAGGACCAUUUUGUCUCUGCAUUGACACUUCUCUUUCAUGCAGGCAAGAGGAGGAGCCUUUUGUCUGUCAGGGUCACUGAAUAACCAGUGGCCACAAAUGGACUAUUUUUUUUUUAUCAGUUCUGUUUGCUUUUUCAUUGAGAACAGAGGUUCCGUGCCUUCCUUUCAUUUGUUUACUUUGUGCUCAAUUCUUCAGCUGGUGUGAGAAGAGGGGAAGGAGGGAGGCAGAACUGAAGAGUAGCUCGCUCUGCUCUAGGGCUUCGGAUUAACUUUCUGCAUUAAGAAGGGACGUGUCUGUUUUUAUUUUAAACAAUUAAGGAGCGGCUUGGAUUGUAGAGUAGCCUUUGGAACUUUCCUGACAACUUUUCACUCUGUGUUCUCUGAACCCACCUGGGUCCCAGUGCUUGAAAGUUACCUUUGGCACCAGUGCUGGUGAGGGAGCCUUUCUCCUCACUGAGAUCUGCCUUUGGUCUGUUGAGUAUCAGUCCCUAUGUAGUACGAUUGUUAAAGGCCCUAGUAGGGAGAGGUGAACUUGAAUAGAGUUCAACUACAUGUAGUUGAGGUACCUUUAAAGACCACUCGGAACCGAUGGGUCCCAGUGGCAUCAGAAGACACUGCAGAGGGGCGCUGAAGGGCCAGCCUGAGCACGCCUGUGGCUGACAGCUGUGCUCCUGUUGGGGAUGCUGGGCCAGACUCGAGGCAGUGCCACCGGGCCCAUGUGCUCCGAUUUCCAGGACCUGAUAGGGCAAAGCAGAACAGUAGCCUUUCUUCAGGACAGCUAGCUGCCCGGCCUUGUGACUGAUUCAGGAGCCAAGUAAGUGCUUUUGGAAACCAGGCAUUACUCGGAGCUAUUCAUCUCAGUGAGGUUCCUGACCUAGUCUGGGUGACACUGCUCCCACCACUGCCCUGGCUCUACGCUCCUGACCUGGCUACACAUGGGAACAGGUAGGAGGUGUCCGGGCCAACCUGGCCCUGAGCUGGCACAUAUGGAUGGUCUGGGCAAGAGGGCUAUUAAGGCUGCCGGGACCACCACCUUGGAUGGACUGCCCGUCCCAAGAAGCCUCUAGCACCUCUUGGUGCCCACAACUGCCGUUGGAAGCUUGCGCUGAUGCAGUGGAACCGUGUAAGACUGGGGAGGGGGCGGAGUCAGUCCUCACUGCUCCCCUGCCCCAACCCUCCGCGGAAGUGCUGAUGAAAACCUAACUCUGGCCUGUCUGCCCGAAGGAAGCGUCAGGUUCUCCAUGAAACCUUUCCAUUUGCCUUUGAAAAACUUUGUUCUUAUGUAGUUUAGUAGCAACUGCCAACAUCUCGCACCAGCUGCUGAAGCUCGCCUGUGGUGUGGUCCUCGCACAGCUGCCCAACCUCGGAGCAGGGGCACUGAGCCUCAUGCUUGCUCUCUGCUCACACGUCCUCAGAGUCCUUUAGAAAGUAGCUCUGAAAAGAGACCCUCCAACUUCUUCUCAUCUGCUGCCUCCAGGAGAUGGGGCACUAAGGGACAAGGGGAGGUUUGCCCUCAAAGAUCGGGAAGUAAAGGGCCUUGCUGUCCUGUGCCUUGCACCCAGGCCCACAGGUCACCAAGGGCGGACAGCAGAAGAGCUAGUGCUGGUGGUGUCUGAGGUACUACACAAUAAAUGCCAAAAACGGUGUGGUUUCAUUGGAA